UGUCGUUGCAUGGUGGGGGCAAAACGGCGAGAUGGGGGACAGCUUCCUGCACCAGGGGGACAUCGUGUCCCUCUACGCGGAGGGGACGGUCUCAGGUUUUCUCAGUACUUUAGGGUUGGUAGAUGACAGGUGCGUCGUCUGCCCGGAGGCGGGCGACCUCACUGACCCGCCUAAAAAGUUCCGAGAUUGCCUGUUUAAAAUAUGUCCCAUGAACCGCUACACAGCGCAGAAGCAAUUCUGGAACACGGCGAAGCAGUCGGCCAACAACAAUACUGACACGGGCCUGCUUAAGAGAUUACACCAAGCAGCAGAGAUAGAGAAGAAGCAAAAUGAGUUGGAGAACAAGAAGUUGCUGGGCACCGUCGUGCAGUACGGCAGCGUGGUGCAGCUACUCCACGUCAAGUCCAACAAGUACCUCUCUGUAAACAAAAGAUUGCCCGCGCUGCUCGAGAAAAAUGCGAUGCGUGUCCAUCUAGACGCGAAUGGAAACGAAGGAUCAUGGUUCUACGUGAUGCCUUUCUACAAGUUAAGAUCUACUGGUGACAACGUAGUGGUAGGAGACAAAGUUAUAAUGAACCCUGUGAGCGCGGGGCAGCAAGUCCUGCACGUGUCUUCAAACCAUGAGCUACCUGACAAUGCGGGCUGUAUGGAGGUCAACGUAGUAAACUCCUCAACGUCCUGGAAAGUGGCACUUUUCCUCGAACACAAAGAGAACCAAGAAGAGAUCCUCAAAGGCGGCGAUGUAGUUCGUCUCUUCCACGCCGAACAGGAGAAGUUCCUCACCAUGGACGAGUACCAGAAGAGGCAGCAUGUGUUCUUGAGGACCACGGGGAGGUCUAGCGCCACAGCGGCCACUAGCAGCAAGGCAUUGUGGGAGAUAGAGGUGGUCCAACACGACCCGUGCCGCGGCGGCGCGGGCCACUGGAACUCAAUUUUCCGGUUUAAACACCUCGCCACCGGACACUACUUAGCUGCUGAAGCGUGCGUUAGACCACCAGACGCGCCACUGGACACAGGCGAGCCCGCCUACCAGCUGGUCUCCGUGGCGCACUCCUCGGAAAUAGCCACACUGUUCGAAUUAGACCCCACUACUAUGACUCACUCCGACGCACCUGUGCCGCAGAGUAGCUACGUCAGAUUACAACAUCUAUGUACGCACACAUGGGUGCAUUCGACGUCGAUACCUAUUGAUAAAGAUGAAGAAAAACCUGUUAUGUCCAAGGUGGGGUGUUCAGUGGUGAAGGAAGACAAAGAAGCGUUUGCACUAAUAUCUGUCUCUCCGAGCGAAGUCCGAGACUUGGACUUCGCCAACGACGCCUGCAAAGUGCUUUCUGCGCUGUCGGGCAAGCUGCAGAACGGGAACAUCGAGCACAACGAGAGGAAAGCGCUGACCUGCCUUCUCCAAGACAUAGUAUACUUCAUAGCUGGAUUUGAAAAUGAACCAAAUAAGUCCGAAGCCCUGGAGCUGAUAGUAGAGAAUCCGAACAGAGACCGGCAAAAGCUGCUCCGAGAACAAUAUAUCCUGCGACAACUGUUCAGGAUACUGCAGGGUCCCUUCGAAGUCUCUCAAGAGGGCGAGCCGUUCCUCAAGAUAGAGGAAUUAUGUGACGCGCGAUACGCGCCCUACAAGUAUAUCUUCCGGCUCUGCUACCGGAUACUGCGGCUCAGCCAACAGGACUACCGGAAGAACCAGGAAUAUAUAGCAAAACACUUCGGGUUCAUGCAAAAGCAGAUCGGCUACGACAUUCUAGCCGAGGAUACUAUCACUGCAUUACUACAUAACAAUAGGAAAUUACUGGAAAAGCAUAUUACGGCUUCGGAGAUCGAGACCUUUGUAGGACUCGUCCGUAAAAACAUGAAUACGUGGCAGUCGCGUUUUCUCGACUAUUUAAGCGACCUGUGCAUCUCCAACAAGAAGGCAAUCGCCGUCACACAAGAACUCAUCUGCAAGAGCGUGCUCUGUGCCAACAACUCGGAUAUACUUAUUGAGACAAGGGUGGUCUCAACAAAAUAUGAGAAGAGCAGCGGCUCGCCAAAAACCGACGAAGAAACCAAACAGUACACCGUCGAGGACGAGGUCAUACUGCUGUGGAAUAACAAGAAGAAUUCCCGCCUACUGACGGAGCUGGCGGCGGAGGCGCGCGAGCAGCCCGCGGGCGCGGCGGCCGCCGUCCUGGACUACUACCGCCACCAGCUCGACCUGUUCUCCAACAUGUGCCUCAACAGGCAGUACCUGGCCCUCAACACGCUGUCGCAGCAGCUCAACAUACAGCUGAUACUCAAAUGCAUGUCGAACAACCUGCUGUCGCACGAGCUGCGCGCGUCCUUCUGCCGCCUCAUGCUGCACCUGCACGUGGACCGCGACCCUCAGGAGCCGGUCACGCCGGUCAAAUACGCUCGGCUGUGGACCGAGGUGCCGGACCACAUACAUAUCAAAGAUUACCAAUGCGUGAAAGGCGGUCCCGACGCCAACCGCGAGAAAGUUAAACAACAGUUCGCGUCCACCAUCGGCUUCGUGGAGAAUUACCUGUGCAAAGUCGUAACCAGGACGUGGUACUUCAGUGACCAUGAUCAGAACAAAUUGACGUUUGAAGUGGUGAAGCUCGCCAGGGAGCUGAUUUACUUCGGUUUCUACAGUUUUAGCAAUCUCCUGCGGCUAACAAAGACGCUGCUCAGCAUUCUGGACAGCGUGAGCUCUGCUAUGGACCUAUUAAAUGAAACCAACGCCUUAUCCGGAGAAGUCGAAUCACAGGAAAAGGAAAUCAAAAAGCCUGAAGGUGGAGUGCUUCGUAGCAUCGGUGACAUGGGCGCCGUUAUGACGUCAAUAACUUUGGGAUCUGUCACUAGAAAUGCGGGCGGCGGCGGCGCGGGCGCGGGGGGAGCGGCGCCGCGCGGCGCCAGCGCGGCGCUGGCGCGCGAGCACCCGCUCGUCAUGGACACCAAGCUCAAGAUCAUCGAGAUCCUGCAGUUCAUCCUAGACGUCCGGCUGGACUACCGCAUCAGCUGCCUCCUCUCCAUCUUCAAGAAGGAAUUUGAGCAAGCCGGCGAGCGAGCCGACGUGGAGGCCAUAGGGCUACAGGCCGAAGGCAUAUUCAGUUGCAGAGCAAUUCAGACUGUACCCGACGGGUGUCUCCCCAAAAAUGUAGACUUGGACGGUCUCGACCUGGACGAGUGCGGAGGGCGCAUGGUGUUGCGCGUCCUGCUGCAGCUGUGUUCCCAGGGGGCCUCGGCGGCGCUGGUCUCCGGGGCCCUCGCGCUGCUGUUCAGGCACUUCAGUCAGCGGCAAGAGGUGUUGGCGGCCUUUAAACAGGUCCAACUCCUAGUGUCGGACGCGGAUGUGGAGUCGUACAAGCAGAUCAAAGCAGACUUGGACCUCUUGCGACAGAGCGUGGAGAAGUCCGAGCUGUGGGUCUUCAACAAGGGCCGCGCCACGCUCGACGACCACGGAGGUGGAGCAGGCACCGUGGGCCCCGGCGGAGCCAUCCUGGAGCGCAACGCUUCCAUGGACAACGUCCUGGACACGUCGCGGACCGCCAAGCACGACAACAACGAGUACAAGAAGAUCAAACACAUACUACAACGCAUGAUCAAAUACUGCACCCACGGAAACAGCGGCGCCGCCACCAGCGGCAAGCCGCGGCGCCACGAGCAGAGGCUCCUGCGAAACAUAGGCGUGCACAACAUCGUGCUGGAUCUAUUGCAAGUCCCUCACGAUGAAGAUGACGCAGCCAUGGAUGAGCUGCUUGCGUUGGCGCACGAGUUUCUCCAGCACUUCUGCCACGGGAACCAACAGAACCAGGCUAUUCUGCACAAGCAUUUAGAUCUCUUCCUAAACGCGGGGAUCCGGGAAGCCCAGACGGUGUGCGCGAUCUUCAAAGACAACGCAACACUAUGCAGUCACGAGGGCAAUGAGAAAGUCGUCGCACACUUCGUUCACUGCAUCGAGUCCAGAGGCCGACGACCGGCAUAUCUUCACUUCCUGAGGACCAUAGUGCAUGCUGACACGCAAUAUAUCCGGAGAAGUCAAGAUCUGGUUAUGCAAGAGAUGGUGAAUGCCGGCGAAGACGUGCUGAUCUUUUACAACGAUCGAGUGUCGUUCAACAACUUCAUUCAGAUGAUGCGCCAGUACAAGCAGACCAACGAGAUGCCCGAAGCGUUGAGAUACCACAUCCAGCUGGUGAAGCUGCUGACAUGUUGCACGAUGGGCAAGAAUGUGUACACCGAGAUCAAGUGCCACAGUCUAUUGCCACUCGACGACAUCGUGUCCAUGAUCACGCACCCGGAUUGUAUACCAGAGGUAAAAGAAGCGUACGUAGGCUUCCUGAACCACUGCUACAUCGACACCGAGGUGGAGAUGAAGGAGAUCUACUCCAGCAACUACAUGUGGGACCUGUUCGAGCGCUCCUUCCUGCAGGACAUGCAGGCGAUCAUCCAGGGGGACGUGCUCUUGCAAGUGGCUGUGCCAGGCACGUCGGAGGCGCCGCCAGCCGCCACAGGCGGCGCGCAGAAGGCCUGGGUGAACUACGUGACCGACGUGCUGGUUCAGACCAUCUGCACGUUCUUCAACUCGCCCUUCAGCGACCAGAGCACCACUGUUCAGACACGGCAGUCCAUCUUCGUGAAGCUGCUGGAAACCACGUUCCGCAUCUACCAGUGCCCCUGGCUCACUCCCCCUCAAAAGCUCAACGUGGAGAAGUGCAUCCGGACACUCAGCGACGUCGCGAAAUCCCGCACCAUAGCGAUACCUCUAGAGCUGGAAGGCAAGAUCCAGGCGGUGUUCGAGAAAGUAGCGCAGUUCUCCCGGCAGACCAGCAAGUGGCUGCUCGCCUCCAAGACCUCGAAACUCGAGAAAAUGGCCUCUCAGUCAAAUCUACAGAACGACAGAUCAGUAAUGGAAGGUCUACAAGAAAUAGUAGCUUUGUUAGAAGAGCAACUGCGACCACUAUUACAAGCAGAACUGUCAUUGCUGGUCGACAUCUUGUACAAACCACAUCUGCUGUUCACGAGUCCGGGCGAGGCCGCUGAAGAGAACACGAGAGGCAUCUUUAUAUCUAGACUAAUUCGUCAUACGGAGAAGCUUUUAGAAGAGAAAGAAGAGAAGUUGUGCGUCAAAGUGCUGCGGACUCUGAGGGAGAUGAUGGCAGUGGAUCCAGAAUACGGAGAUAAGGGCAACCAGCUGCGCAACAAGCUGCUGUCGCAGUACUUCGUGAACCGCAAGUCCGAGCCGCGCGUGCAGCCGCCGCCCGGCCUCGCCGCGCACGGCCCCGGCGAAAACCAUCAGACCAUGCAGAAAUCAGCUAAAGUCCUAAUGCGGACCGGGCAGACGUUGGCGCAAGUGCAGGUGCACCUGAACCACGAGGGCGCCUCGGACCUGGUGGUGGACCUGGUCAUCAAGAGCACCAACCGACCCGCCAUCUUCCUCGAAGCUAUACAAUUGGGUAUCGCUUUACUGGAGGGAGGCAAUCCUACCAUCCAAUCAAGUAUAUUCACCAAACUACAGAAUGGAGAAAUUUCACAAUCUUUCUUGAAGGUGUUCUACGACAAGAUGCGGGAAGCGCAGCAGGAGAUCAAGUCGCUGGCGGCCAGCAGCUCGGCCGCGGCGCCCGGCGACAAGCAGCGCCCGCACGCCGACAGGCCCAGGCAGCCGCUCGCCGACGGCAAGGCGGCGCCGGGCCCGGCGGUGGUGGGCGAGGAGCUGGACGAGGAGGUGGCGGGCGCGUGCGGCGCGGCCGUGCUCGCCUACUCCGACGUGCACACCAUGUCGCACGGCACCACAGUCCUAGAAGAAAUAAUGGCAGAGAAGAAGCGAGAAGCCGGCAGUUCGGACGUGCUGCCAGCGAAGGUGUCCGUCAUGAAGCCCAUCCUGCGCUUCCUGCAGCUGCUUUGCGAGAACCACAACCCCGACCUACAAAACCUCCUCCGCAACCAGAACAACAAGUCCAACUACAACCUGGUGUCCGAGACCCUCAUGUUCCUGGACUGCAUCUGCGGCUCCACCACCGGAGGCCUGGGGCUGCUGGGGCUGUACAUCAACGAGGGCAACGUGGCGCUCAUCAACCAGACGCUGGAGACCCUCACGGAGUACUGCCAAGGCCCCUGCCACGAGAACCAAAACUGCAUAGCGACGCACGAGAGCAACGGUCUCGACAUCAUCACCGCUCUCAUUCUGAACGACAUCAAUCCCCUCGGCAAGACAAGGAUGGAGCUAGUGCUCGAGCUGAAGAACAACGCUUCCAAACUGCUGCUGGCCAUUAUGGAGAGCAGAAAUGACUCCGAGAAUAAUGCCGAGAGGAUACUUUACAAUAUGAACCCACGCCAGCUGGUAGAUGUGGCGUGCUCUGCCUUCCAUCAGGAACACGCGCCGGACGCCGACUCCGACUCUGAGGACGACGCGCCCGUGCAAGGCGUCUCUCCUAAGGAAGUGGGCCACAACAUCUACAUCCUGUGCCACCAGCUGGCCGGCCACAACAAGGAGCUGGCCGCGCUGGUGCGCGCCACGCCCGCCGGCGCGCACGCGCUCGCGCUGCAGUACUACCGUACUCACACGGCGCAGAUAGAGAUAGUCCGAACGGACCGCAGCAUGGAACAGAUAGUAUUCCCCAUCCCGGAGAUCUGCGAGUAUCUGCCCGCCGACAGUAAGCACCGCGUGCUGCAGACCGCCGAGCGAGACGACCAGGGCAGCAAGGUUGCCGACUUCUUUUCCCGUCUCGACAACCUCUUCCACGAGAUGAAAUGGCAAAAGAAGUUGAGAGGUCAACCUUUUCUGUUCUGGGUGUCGUCCUACAUGUCCCUGUGGAGCACGAUUUUAUUCAACUUCGCUGUUCUAAUCAACGUCAUCGUUGCUUUUUUCUAUCCAUUUCAAGAAGAAACCCCCAAACUGGGCCAGCACCUAUCGCUGGUAGUGUGGUGCGUGUCCGGCAGCGCGGCCGCCCUGGUGACGUGGCUGCCGCGCUCGUCCGGGGUGCGCGCGCUGCUGGCCAGCGGGAUAGUGCGGCUCAUAUUCAGCGCCGGGCCCGAGCCCACCUUGUGGACCCUGGGCAUGCUCACGAUAGUGGUGAAGGGCGUCCACCUCGUCUCCAUCAUGGGCAACCAGGGCACACUGUCCAAGGCCCCCCGCCGGGUCCUCCGGGACCCUGAGCUCCUCUACCACGGCGCGUACCUAGGCUUCUGCUUCCUGGGCAUCUGCUGCCACCCAUUCUUCUUCUCGGUGCUGCUUCUAGACAUUGUGUACCGCGAAGAGACCCUACUGAACGUGAUGCGAUCAGUGACACGCAACGGGCGCUCCAUCCUCCUGACGGCCGUCCUGGCGCUGGUGCUGGUCUACAUGUUCUCCAUCGUCGGCUACAUGUUCUUCCGCGACCACUUCCUGCUCAACGUCGACCGGCUGGACGACGACGACGACCCCCGCUACGACAUGGACAAGUGCUCCGACGACGCCGCCAGCAAGUACCUGCACGACGGCACCCCGCAGUGCUCCCGCGGACGGUUCGUGUCCGUCGGCGGCGACAUACGCGAGCGCUCCUGUGACUCGCUCAUCAUGUGCAUAGUGAGCACGCUCAACCAGGGGCUGCGUAACGGCGGCGGCAUCGGCGACGUGCUCCGAGCGCCCGCUAGCUGGGAGCCCCUGUUCGUGGCGCGGGUGGUGUACGACCUGCUGUUCUUCUUCGUGGUGAUCAUCAUCGUGCUCAACCUCAUCUUCGGCGUCAUCAUCGACACCUUCGCCGACCUGCGUAGCGAGAAGCAGCAGAAGGAGCUCAUACUGAAGAACCAUUGUUUUAUUUGCGGACUGAACAGAUCAGCAUUCGACAACAAAACGGUCUCGUUCGAGGAACACAUAAAAAGCGAACACAACAUGUGGCACUACCUUUACUUCAUGGUGCUCGUGCGGGUCAAGGACCCCACGGAGUACACCGGCCCCGAGAGCUACGUGCACUCCAUGAUUAAGUCGAACAACUUAGAGUGGUUCCCGCGGCUGCGCGCCCUAUCUCUAAUGGGCGGCGGCGAGGGCGAGGGCGGGGAGCUGGAGCUGCGCAACCUGCAGGCGCAGCUCGAGCGUGCGCAGGCCGCCGUGCGGGCGCUCACGGAACUACUCACGGAGCUGCGCGACCAGAUGACAGAGCAGCGGAAGCAGAAGCAGCGCAUAGGGCUGCUGAACUCCACGUCCGCCUACCUCCAGACCCUGCAGAUGAACCUCCCGCCGUGAGCACCGGCACCUCCGCCUGGGGGCUGUGGCCGACAGUCUUAACUAGCUUGGUUCACCAGCCAAUAUGCUAUUUUAUUUUCUAAGUAAUUGGGGAUAUUUUAACUUAGCUCGUGAUCCUACCUACAACCUUAUUUGAAUAGUAUUUGGGAGAAUUUUUUAAACGUUGAAGAUAAGAAGCAUGCCUUCGAGGGUUGAAAAGGUCAAAUGCUUUGUAAUCAGGUCUUAUAUGAUUUGACGUCUUUUGCGCUGACUUAUAGACUAUCAAUUUACGUCAAAAACGUUACUAUCUGAUCAAAAAAUGAUUGAAUUGACUCAAAAUUAACUUACAAGCGAUGCGCAAGUAUAUAUCCUCAAAUGCUGUGGCAAAUAAUUAUUUAUAAAUGGUAAUUUUUAAACUCAAGUAUAUUCUGCAAUUUAUACUUUAGUCACAAUUUUAUUUUCAAUUUUUUUUACUAUACAUUUUUCAAAUUUUUAAUUGUUACGUUGUUGAGACUGGGCCAGAGUCCCCACGCCGGCGUAUUGCGACUUGAGAUCUUAUCGCAAACGAGAAAAGUACGCUCCCUUAUUCCUACCGCUGCAACGGUACCCAUCCUAAAGUAAGAGGAAUCAGAGACUACAUUCUGAAUUAUUAGACAACACUUUUAAAAUAAACUAAUCGAUAGAUUAAAAUGUCUUGAGAUUUAUAGUGAAAGUUUGUUUGAAGAGUUAUCGUGUGUAGAAAAGAUAUGUUACCGAAUUAUUUAGGUAAAGAUGGGUUUUUCGGUACCGUAAAUGUGUUUUAUAUUAUCCGCGAUUUUGUAUAUACGAUUAAUAUUUUGUCUAAUAAUUCAGCCCGAAAAAUUAAAUUUUAAUUAUGCUCAAUCAUGGAAAGCAAUAUUUAUUGUAAUUAAGAUAACUCGUUAGAAUUACUUUCUAAUGUGUCAAAAAUUCAACCUCUUUACUGCUCGCACAAUCAAGUAUAGACAUUAUGGUCUAUAUAUUAAGGAGCAAUUCGAUUCAAACAUGAUUCCGAAAUACGUAUAUUGACAAUUUUAAAGCUACAUGACUAUGACAAAUGAACUCUAAAGUAAGAAAAUAUUAGUCAAAUUUUAACGUAGAAACUCUACAGAUCUUAUGAUGUAGGGUGAUCGCCAAUUGGAAGUGUUAAGUCUUCUGAUUGGCUGCCGAUUGGUGUUGUAAUAGACUACUAAAGGUAGUGAAGUAGUGUGUAGAUAUAUAUGAAUUGUACACAGAAUGUGUAGAGGAGAGAUUUAUUAUUACUUCAACUCCCAUUGCACAAGUUUCAAUAUGACAUUUACGGAUAAAUAGAAGAUGCUUAUAAACUAUGUCCUUCUCUGAGAAAUGAACCUUAGCACCUUGCAAUAAGGCUAUUUUUUUGCUACUUUAUCGCAAGGUGUCUUUUCCCAAAGAUGGGCUCAAAUAUUUUAAAAAAUUAACCAAAUAAUAGCGUUAAAUUUUUAAAAUGGCCAAUCAACCAUAUAUUUAUAUCUAUUGGAUUAAAUUAUUGCAGCAACCUAAACAGAUGACCGUUACAUCUUUUGACAAUUUUUAAAUAUCUUCGGGAACUUUGCUAAUGGGAAUAACUAAAUUGGAAUCAUUCUUAUGCGGAGUUACUAUUUUAAGCUAAACGGGUAGACGUAGACAUAUCUUCGAUCAAUGAUAUUCGAUAUAUGCAUAGUUUGUACGUCUUGUUACACUCACUCUCUUUCAUGGGGUUUUUAUACAUUUGUGGAACUUAGAACAGAACAUUAUAUUUAUUUGUUUAGCCCCCUCGAUUCAUGUUGACGCUGAUAGUUUCAGCAAUGAUAAUCAAAAUUGAAUUUACAUUUUAAACUGCGUAUUAAGUGGUUUUACAACUGGUCAUUUAGAUUCUGGGGAAUGAAGGGCAAUAUACUUUGAACCUAUCGAAACUUGAGUUAUAGUUCGUAUCUAGAGUUAAAAGUAUUAUUUAUUCAUCAAACACGCUUAGAGACUCAUGCUUAAUACUACUAAGGUCAAUAAAUAAUAUUUCUACGUACUAUAUCUAUGCGUAAUUUGAAAAAGAUACUUAUUUAAAAAAUAUCACUUGUACUAGGUCCAUAUUUGUAUAAAAAACCAGUUUGAGUAUUUUCUUCGCCGAAACGUCCAAUGAGGGAAGGAUGGUAGUCCCUUGUUCCGACGUUCGUGUUCAAUUAGAACAAAUUUCAACGUUCUAGUGUACGAUUCAGGGAUAGAAAAGUCUAUGAGAUGUAGUAUUUUUACAGUACAUAUGGUUCUACUUUCCCGCACUAGCGGGAAUGAGCACUUUCCGUGCCAAUGUUGAAAGUUUAAAGGGCCAUAUAUACUGUAAAACGUUGUGCGAUACACGUGCGAAUAGGUAAUUUGCAACUAGUGUCGGUUUAAAACACUCCCGAAUUUCCUACUCUCCGCACUUAAAUAAAAUACCACAAAAGUUGUCAUUGAUAAAAUUAUGAAUGCGAAGUAAUUAAAUUAAUUUCAUUAAGUUCAUGGUUUAUUUUUGUGUACAAUCACUAUCAGUCUUGUAACUAAUAAUGGAUGACUCACCCUAUAACAGCCCGGGUCCGGGCAGAGGCAUCCGACAUUUCGUUAUCUAUUACGGGUGAUCGGCAAACGAGGUAGCCCUACUCUAGUCAUCACGUGAUUUAUUUAUCAUAUUAAAUAUGUUUACUUGACAUUACAGUGUUUACCAAUGCGUCACGAAACUUAAACUACCAACAACAAUAAUAUAAGUAUUAACAACAGCAACAAUUAUAACAACAAUAAAAUUUUGCAAAUAAAUUACAUUGGAACAGUUGAGCACCUAGCAUCCAUCGCGUCACAUAAUGAUGUGAUGUUUUCUAAACUCUAAACUGAAGUUUCGGACACCUCGGUUCGGACUUCGGACCCGAACCCCGCAUACGAAAUCAUAUAUGGCGGAAAUGAUAUUCAACUCACUUUACAGCUAUUAAUGUUCAAAUUUCAACAACUAUUUUACAGUACAUAUGGGGCUACUUUAUAGUACUAGUGCGAGAAGUAGCAUAUUACGUUACUGUGUCGAACAUUUAAAGGGCCAUAUGUACUGUAAAACGUUGUACGAUACAUGUGCGAAUAGGUAAUUCGCAACUCGUGUCGAUUUAAAACACUCCCUUCGGUCGUGUUUUAAUUUAUCGCCACUCGUUUCGAAUUUCCUAUUUUUCGCACUUGUAUCGUAAUGUACUAUUUUACAUGCGGUGAGGGGUUUUGUACCACGCUAUAGGUAUGGUUUAACAUAAACUUUUCUAUCCCUAAUCAGGUUAGUGUUCAAAGAGUAGAAUUUAUAAUUGUUAUCGGGGAGCUUCGUGGCAACGUUCCGCCGUCUCGGCGCUUUCCUCCACCUAGUUGUUAGUGUUGAUUAUUAUAUAUGAUAUUACCGCGGGCCAACUUACUCUAGGGUUUCUGCUUCUACCGUGUGCUACAUUACUCUUUGUUUCUCCUUGUAUUUGUAUUUAUUAAAUAGUUAUAUAUUAUUCUACAUAAACCAUAGUAAUAAAUAUUCAUGUCAAAGAAGUUUAACAAUUUGUGUGUGUAUGUGUACUAAUGUUUUAACAGCCUUUUAAAUACUUAUAUUUAAAGUACUUUGUUUAGUUUGAAAUGUUGUUAAAUCUUGUAUAUUUUACAAGUCAAGGCAACGCUAAAGUGUGUGUUUAGGGUUAAAGGGUUAAAUCCUUGUUGUUAUCACUGUUACCCUUCCCUAUUAGUACAGUCUGCAUUAUAUAAAUAUACUUACGUAGCCGACUGUACCGAAGCUCCCCUAAUGUCGGAUGUGCAAUAAGUAAUAGCUCAAAAUCUGUUACCUAUUUACAUUAGUUAGAGAUAAUCGAAUUUUAUUCAAAUCUUGUAAAGAUCUGUAUCGUACGGCUAAAUUGUAUUUUUGUUAAUUAUUUUAUUGUAUGGAUAUAGUUUGUGUCAUCCACGAUGACGCGCGGAUUUGUCAAAUCUAACCUUUAAUAACAUGACAUUAUGAGUGACGACACGCGUCUUCGUGAAUGACAUGACACGGGUGUUUCAUGUUUACGUGUGUAAUAUGUGUGCACCCUGUUCGAUAGCCGCUGGUACUGCUUUUAGCACUAUACAUAAAUAUUAUUUAAAAAAUGUACGAAUUAAUGUUUUAAUAUGUUAACUGAUAAUACGAGGUCCACAGAUGGUCAGUGAAGUUUUGCAGUUAACGACUCUUGUACAUAAUCCGCCAGAAUACGUAAUCAAGGGAAAAAUGUGUCGACGCUUAUUUAUGACACAUCUGACUGAAACCGUCGAAUUAUCAAUGUUCUUACCGUUAAGUGACAUGUUUUGGACUUCUAUCGUACUCAUCUCUUACUCAGGACAAGUUGCCCGCGGCGCGCUACGAAUGCUAUAUUUUCACAAAUGUUCAAUAUUCAUCAAUUUCAGUGCUAACUGCAAUAUUAGCGGCUUUAAGUUAGUUUAAGUGAAAGUUUUCGACAAGAGUUGUUCAGUAAAUGACAAAUAGUUUAAUGACGGAAUUGGAUCUAGCGUAGGGUAAAUAUCGGAUAAGAACACUGUUUCUCUGUGUCCAUUGUUUGUUGUGGCUGUAGAAAGAACAGUGUAUUCGAUAAAAAAUAAAAAUGUAUUCAAAACCUUGCUAUGAUUUUUGCUAUCAUAGUUUUUCAUUAGGUACCAGUUUUUUUUUUAAUUGAAAAUGGUAUUCAAAACAUAGUAGGUAUCUUAAUUCUGAUCGGUGUACAGAAACUGAAACAAACCCUAUUUAAUUUUUUCGAGAUCUGCUUUAGUGUCUUUACCCUUUUCCAGGCAUAGUACGAUUUAUCGACCACAUACGCGCCAUUAGAAUUUCAACUUUAGCAUUCCGAUUUAAGGUUCAAAUUAGAUUACACUUUCAGGAAAAGUUACGUGUCUUCAAAUGAGUCAUCAAAGCUAGAUUAAUUGGAAUAUAUUUGGAUUUUUUGGGAAACCUUGUAGAUUGGUGCGGCCUGGAAAAGGGUUAAAUCUUUAUUUAUUUUGUUAGUUUCGUAAUCUACAGCCAAAACAAGCCAAUGAGCAUUUUCAAAACCAGUGCCAUCUCUAAUGCGGCGACAAACAGACAUACAUGCCAAAUACACUUCCUUACCUGUGUACUUAACUGUUUUAUUGUAAAAUGUAUUUUUAAUAUCGUAUUUGUAGUCUGACGGCUACGAUAUACUGUAUUGUGACUGUUUCUUCUUUCGACUUAUUACCUCUUUUCGAUCUUCCUUAGAAAAUCUGUCACCAAAAAUCGUUAUUUUUGUUAUUGUCUUUAACAUUCCCAAUAUUUCUUUAUUACUAUCGAAUUUUAUAUAAAUCUGUUACUAGCCUUCUAGAUCUCUAUCGAUCCAAGUGAAUCUAUAUCUAUAUACAUAGAAAAGUUUUAUAGCAAUAUUAUGGUAUUUAUUGCACAGAUACAUUCCUAGUGUAUUUUUUUAUAUAAUUUAUUCUAUUUAAACUAGCGUUGAUCUGUAUUUUGGAAUCUAAAAGCUAAAUUAUUGGAUCUUAUAUUUGUACUAACGUAGACGGGCGGCGACACGAUCCGACACGAUUAGUCGUGUCGUGUCGUGCGUCGCUCUCGCGGUGUUUUAUCGUGAUUGCCGUUGUGAUGUACGCAAUAAAACAUGUUUUGUUUUACUGGAAAAUAAAGAUAUGGCACAA